AGCAAACCUGUCUACCUCAGGAACUGAACUAGAGACCACCACAGAUGGUUGCCUCGGUUCUGACAUUUCGUUGUGUACUGUGUCACCUUGGAACAGCUCAGCUUGAAAGAAACUGCACUUUCCCUGCACCCUCCAGAGGACAGAUAGGCUGGGAAGAUGCUGCUAUUGGCUAUCGAUUCACACAUCUGCCUCACUCACACGGCAGAGUGUUUCUAAAUUGAGAAAGCACUUCUACAUGACUGCCUUCACGCAGGAGUUGGGAUAAGUUCCUGCAGCGGCCUCCAUGUCAGGAUCAGGAAGCAGACGUUCCUCUGUCCCUCGCAGCCGUUGUCUCCAUGGAAGAAGUGGCUUUUCUUCACUGUUUAAAUCCACAUUGACCGGGACAGGGAGCCAGCGUGAGGCACAGCCUCUCCUGCAGCCACCCAGACACACCUCGCCUCCAGUCAGGCUCCGUGACAGCCACCCCACCUCCUCCCUGAGCAGCAGCAGUAACUCAGGCUCCUAUAAAGGGAGCGACAGCAGCCCAACCCCCCGGCGUUCCAACAAGUACACCUCCUGCAGUGAAAACCAUGGUAUCAAACCCCCCACUCCUGAACAGUACCUGACCCCAUUGCAGCAGAAGGAGGUCUGCAUUCGUCACCUGAAAGCCAAGUUGAAAGAGACACAAGAGAAGCUGAAGGAGAGGGAGGCUGAGGUGGAGGAUCUAAAGCUACAGCUGGGCCGGAUGCAGGAGGACUGGAUUGAGGAGGAGUGUCACCGGGUGGAGGCGCAGUUGUCGCUGAAGGAAGCUCGGAAAGAAAUCCAGCAACUGAAGCAGGUGAUUGAGACGGUGAAAGAAAACCUGGUGGAGAAGGACCGUGGCAUCCAGCAGUAUUUUGUAGACAUCAACAUCCAGAACCGUAAACUGGAGUCGCUGCUACACAGCAUUGAGCGGGCGCAGGAGGGGGAGGAGGCCCAGGAGGGGGAGGGGUCUACCAGUGGCUCUCCAGCCAGGUCCCUGCUUCGCAGUAACAUGUUCACCGAGCUGAAUGAAGGAGAGGCCAGGCCCCAGAGCAGACAUACUCUGUCAGCUGAGGACUCACUGGUCACCACUGGCUCAGAUGUGUUGUUGGUGCUGAGUGAUGGAGAAUUGCUGGCACCAGCUGUGCCGGGCGUCCCAUGUCACUGGAGCCGCCACUACCUGCUGGACCUGCUGGCGGUGACAGUCCCAGUGCUGCCAACUCUGAUGUGGAUUUUCUGCACCCAACGUGGUGGCACCCAGCCUCUCUAUAACAUUAGCUGCUUUCUCCGCACCUGCUGUCUAGUGGCAUUAGGCUCCCUGCGGACAAUGAGCAACCAAGAAGUGAGGGAAACUCUGGCACCUCCUCUCAGCCUCUCUCCUGACCUGCAGGAAGAUAAAUUAUAAUUAUUAAGAACAACAUCAGCUGUUAUAGUUUAAGAAGGAGUUGUUGGGAGUUUGGAACGGGAGGGAGUUAGAUCUGGAAUUACACGUUUUAUUUCAUAAAGACUCAAACCUGCCAAAUCCCACAUCAAAUCAUUUUAAUACAACAUUCAAAACCCCGUCAGUAGAAAGCAGCACACCUGUAGCUGGGGGGGAAGGGUGGGGGGAGUUUAGAAAUGGAUGGACCUUUGCUUCUCAUGGCUCGGAGAAGCGAGCAAUAAGAGGUUUCCUGG